GUGUUCCCAUGAAUCGCUAUGAUUGUCCCUGUGCUCAGUGUGCUGGUUUUAGCAUGUACCGUUCCCGGGGAUAGUUAUGGCUGUCACUGUGCUGGUGUUCCCAUGAAUAGUUAUGGAUGUCCCUGUGCUGGUUCUAGCAUCUACCGUUCCCGGGGAUAGUUAUGGCUGUCCCUGUGCUGGUGUUCCCAUGAAUAGUUAUGGAUGUCCCUGUGCUGGUUCUAGCAUCCACCGUUCCCGGGGAUAGUUAUGUUUGGCCCUGUGCUGGAUUCCCAGGGAUAGUUAUGUCACCAGGCCCCAGUGUCUCGUCUGAUUGGUGCCCAGGGUAAGGUGAUGUUUGUCCCUGUGCUGGGCGCAGUGUCGGUUGAUGUCGGGGCUCCGGGGGAAGAGGCAGACAGUCACCAUGCCUGGCGGUGAGAGCGUCCAGUUGGAUUUCCCCCACUACAGCUCCGUGCUCCUGGACACUCUAAACAAGCAGCGCCUGCAGGGGAAAUUCUGCGACCUGUCCGUCCAGGUCCAAGACCGCGUGUUCCGAGCUCAUAAAACCGUCUUGGCUGCAUCCUCUCCUUAUUUCCAUGACAAACUCCUCCUGAAUGACACUAGUUGUUUGGUCCUUCCCAGCGUUAUUCAGCCCGAUGCUUUCGAGAACCUCCUACAGCUCAUCUACUCUGGGAGGCUCUGCCUCGAUGUUGAGGCUUUGCCCUCUCAUCUCCUGGUGGCGAGUGGUCUUCAGAUGUGGCAAGUGGUAGACCGGUGUUCUGAGCUCCUCAAAGAGAGGAAGUCGUGCACCCCUCAGACAUGGUCGAGUCGCGCCAGUGAAAGUCAGUCGCCCAGCAGCAGUUUCCAGAUCCCACGAGACGAUCCACCACCACCGACGAUCACAUUGAACUGCUCUGAUGACGAAGAGGUGAUCAAGGUCAGAGUUUCAGAAGAGGAAGAGGAGGAGGAGGAAGAAGAGGACGAUGGAAAGAACGGUGGAAAUGUUCUGGACGACUCUGCCAAUGGCAGCUGCACCUACGCUCUUCCAUCAUCCUCCUCUUCUCCGGGGAGCCCCAAAGUAUUCUACAUCAAGCAGGAGCGAAUGGAAGACGACAGCGGCUUCUUAAAAGCUUUCGAAGUAACUGAAGUGCAGGCAGACUACUCGUCGGAGCUGAGCUUCGUCCUCCCGCCAACGUCGUCGCCGUCAUCUUCCGAUGUCUCCCUCUGCCUUCCUCGCAAGUUAUACGGUGCCACGGAAACCCCAUCCUUCACCAUCUCUAAGCCCGUGGACCUGCACGGCAAUGAGAUCAUUUCCCACGCACUACAAGCCCAAACUAUUCAUGCACCCGUUAAGCUUGUGGCUGCCCCGGAUGGGAAAAAAUUUGGCUGCUUGUGCGGGAAGCGGUUUGCCGUGAAACCAAAACGGGACCGCCACAUCAUGCUGACCUUCAGCCUCCGCCCGUUCGGCUGCUCGGUCUGCCACAAGAAGUUCAAGCUGAAGCAUCACCUCACCGAACACAUGAAGACGCACGGGGGGAACCUGUUCUCGUGUGAAGAUUGCGGCCGGAAAUUCAGGGUGGAGAGCUGCUUCCAGAAACACAAGGAGGUGUGCAAGGGACAGAGGUGGGCGGGGGCUUGCUGGACUUACAAGUAAUUCCUAUUUGAUCUGAAACCCUACGGUCUGAAUUAUGGAAGAGGGGCAUUAUAAUACCCAUAUGGACACUAGCUGUGUUUUUUGUUUUUGGUCUCUACCACAAUGACCACGUCCCCCGUAGCCAGAAGAUUAAGACAUAGACCAGUACUAUUGUAGCCCGGAUACUGCAUUUAGAGCUGCUUCAUAGACCAUAGGAUGGACUCGUAGUACGUUCCCCCUGGACCGUGAGGAUAGGAAGGUCCGUACAAACGUGGAUUCUUGAUUUUGAUGUGGUAUGUUGUGAUCUACAUCACAAACUGUUCCUGACUUCUAAACAGUGAUGGUGCUGUUUUAUUAUAAGGAGGUGCUAACUCAGUACCUGCAAACUUGGAUGUAUGAACAGACCUUCAAGUGACCUAUAGAUCGCAACAGUGGCCUGUGAUUAACACAGACUAGCUCGCUACCAUACAACUCUCUCCGCAGCCCAACGAGCUGUGCGUUACUGACCCGGACACUUAUUUAUAGCGAUUCGGUGUAAUUCUCCCGAGCACUAAGUGGUUUGCUAAACAACUUGUGUCAGUAAGUGGGUAGGGACUAGGCCUUAGGUCUUUUGUGUAAAUACACAUAUACAUAUAGGCAUCAUGUAUGUGUUUGUGUGUGUGUAUAUUACAGGGGUAGAAGAUAGUGUAGCACUGUUUACCUGCAAUAAUACUAUAACCUGUUACUGUCUCACCUUGAGGGCAGGGGGGUAAGUUGCCUGCGAUGUUUGGAAUGGGGUGGGGGGAGGGGGGAUGGGGGCUGUCUACAGUCUGAAAUAGUUUCUUGUCAGUUGAAAGGGGGCUAUUCACUAAAGGCUGACGUUAGGACUGUAUGUAAAAUUACCUCCAAAUCCACAGGCUCUAAUGAACUACAUCUCCCAUAAUCUACUGUAAAACAAGUAAUGUUCUAGUGCAGCAUUAUUUCAAUUGGAAGUAAGCAGAACCAUGACACACUCAACCCAACAUUAAAUCAGUCAGUCUGUUAGCUUUAAAGUGACAGCUUUGGCUGAGGUAGCUGUUUCGGUUAUUUCACACUUGUUCAAUCUGUUCUUUUUUAUUAUUGUUUUUAUGUGUUUUGUUAAGAAAUAUUUAUGACAUCAGGUUUUCCUGAUGAAGCCGAUUUGUAGGCACCGAUGCAAUUCCAGCGACACGGCCUAGUUCAGAUCUAAUCGCAGCUACAAAUUUGUUAGCUAAUGGGCAAAACCAUGUGCACUGCAGAGGGGGGGAGAUAUAACAUUUGCAGAGAGAGUUAGAUUUGGGUGGGGUUAUAUUGUGUCUGUGCAGGGUAUAUACUGGCUGCUUUAUUUUUACACUGCAAUUUAGAUUUCAGUUAUAACACACCCCACCCAAAUCUAACUCUCUCUGCACAUGUUAUAUCCGCCCCACCUGCACUGCCCAAUGGGGCCUAAUUCAGAGUUGAUCGCAGCAGCAAAUUUGUUAGUCGUUGGACAAAACCAUGUGCACUGCAGGUGGGGCAGAUAUAACAUGUGCAGAGAGAGUUAGAUUUGGGUGGGGUGUGUUCAAACUGAAAUCUAAAUUGCAGUGUAAAAAUAAAGCAGCCAGUAUUUACCCUGCACAGAAACAAUAAAACCCACCCAAAUCUAACGCUCUCUGCACAUGUUACAUCUGCCCCCCCUGCAGUGCACAUGGUUUUGCCCAACUGCUAACAAAUUUGCUGCUGUGAUCAGGUCUGAAUUAUGCCCCUAGACACUAAUUUUAAAGGUUAAGGUUAGACGUUGCCAUGUAACAUGUAUUAGCGGAGGCCGCGAGUCUGAUAAUGUCUUAUCAGAAGGCCUGCGUUGCUUUGGGGUACUUGCGUUAUAGACCACCUCGUGCACAUUUCACAUACACACCGCGGACGCAGCCAUAUUGUCUGAUGAACCAAUGGCCACUGACCAUGUGAGACAGCCUGUGCCUAGUGAACCAAUAGGGUUUUAGUUCUGCCGCUAAGAGGCGUCGUCCUCUGUGUACGUAAGUCAUAGCACAAAUUCAUUUCCAGUAAGAUUUAAAUGAUCAGACAAUAACUGAGCGUUCUGGAGGCUUCCAAUACCCCUUUUCCACCAAAGUACCGAGUCCGAUCCAGGAUGUUUAACCCAGCUGCAACCCGUGUCGGCCCCGCCGUUUCCACUGCACUUCGACACGGGUUAUUCCCCUGUCGGAUCUGUUUCUACUUAACCCGGGUGAGCUCUGUAAAAGCUAUUGAUGUCACUCGUUACUCGUGUCUGAAAACACGGGUAAUGACCGUUUCCACUCCACAAUUAGCCGGGUCAUUACCGUGUUUCCGUGUUCAACCCAGGUAGCUACCCGGGUAGGAUUCCAGGGCCACUCAACCCGUGUUGAGCCGUGUCCACUUACUAAAAACCCAUGUUGAUGCGGUCCCCCCCCCACUCCCGUGCAAUAACAUGAAUAAAUUUAGCUAGUGGAAAAGGGGUUUUAAUGACUGUAGGAACUGGUUAUAGAUGAGCAGAAUCCGCCCUCCCGGGGCGGGUAUAAUUACUCCUCGUGGUGGUACCUUGUCCUGCGGAGGGCUCGGAAAGGAAGGAAAUGUUUGGUAUCUGGUUGGUAAACCUGGCGUUAAGCAGAUGAAUCGUCAGGGUCUGUAGAAGUGUUCCUGGCCACCCGGCAGCUGCUUUACCUUCUCGCUUCAUACAGAAAGAAAACCUGAGACUGUGGACACUAAGUAAUUGCAGCAAGCAACAAAUAAUCCCUUAAUUCCUAUUGUUUAUGUCAAAUAACAUUCCGCCAUAAACGUGUAGAUUUAUUAGGCAUCGCUUCCUCUACCCAAUACAGGUCUAGUUCCUGGAACACGGGAAAACAAUGAGACUUGUCCAGUGUCACCAUAUUAUACCGGUAUCCGGUCUUGAGGUUGACCACUAUUGGUCGACACAUGAAAUGUUCGACAUGAGUUUUCGUGUAUUUUUUUUUUCCUUUUUCAUACUCUAUCCACGUGGACUACGAUUGGGAAUAGUAACAUGCCCGAAGCAUUGCGAGCGAAGCGAGGGGACACGGUGCACUAAUUGGGGUUCCCGAUCACUUUACAAAGAAAACUACACCAAUUUUUUUUUAAAAAAACCUCAUGUCGACCUUUCGCCAUGUCGACCGAAUAACCAUGUCAAACUAUUUCAGGUAUCGACCAAUAACCGUGUCGACUUAGUCACUGUCGAUCAAUAGUGGUGGACCUAAUGACUGUCAACCUAGUUACUGUCGACCCAACGAUCCACACCCAUUAUACCAAGGCCUCCAGUGCUAAUCUUGGUGCCAUUAUGACAUGGUCCGUAUCCUCACACGUGGAGGAGUGUUUAUCGGGCGGUGGCCGGAGGGGACUCUGCAGCAGCGGUGCGGGAAUGGCUGGAGUAGUAGACCCACGUUAGGAGCGGAGCCCAUCAUGUGACACACCCGUCCAAUCCGCUGCUGUUGCCACUGUCCGGCUAUUCUUGCCGAAUGCUGUCGGUUUUCCACCCCGUGUACCUAUUUCGUUAAACGUGUAAGAAAUUCCUUCACCACAUACAAGAACCCAAAAGAAACAGGAAUCAUGUUCUAGAGGGUGGGGCGCUUGCAGUAAAGGCUCCCGCCACUAGGUGAACGUUUGCGGAACUCUUCUGAGCCAGUAUCCCCGCUGACGUUACGGGGAAAUGUAGCAUUUGACUGCAGUGAUUUUUUUCAAACGAGUUAUUCACACUUUCACCUAUUUUUAGUGAGGUCAAACGUGAAAACAAUGCUCAUUUGUUUCUUUGAUGUCGGAGGGAUUGUGCGCAAAGUUUCUAUUUGGAAGUUUUGAAAUGGUUGCGUCACGAUUUGAGGGGAAAAAACGUCCCGAUUUGUGGCAAACAGGUGACUGGUUCUUCCAUCAUGACAACGCACCUGACCGCACAGCGCUAAGUGUUGAGCAAUUUUUAACCAAAAAUGACCGCUUUGCUUCACCCGCCGUAUUCACCCGAUCCCACCCUGUGCGACUUUUUUUCUUUUUAUUUCCUCGGAUAAAAAGAGAUCUCAAAGGAGGUGUUUUGUUGAUAAUGAAGAGAGGAAACUAAAAAGGCAAAAAUACUAAAAGGCGUCAACAAAAAUGAGUUUAAAAAAUGUUUUGAGCAAUGGAAAACACAUUCGGACGAACGUAUUGAUUCGAGUGGAAAGAACUCUGAGGGGGACUGAAGUCUCAAAAUGUACAAAUAAUAAAUCAUCAAUUCCUGUUUCUUUUGGGUUCCCCAUCAUAUAACACUGUAGGAAGGACAUCGGAGGCCCGUUAUGCAAUUGGAGGGGGGGGGCGGCCUACCGGCAAUGAAACUUGUGAUGGUUACCAUGGCAUCAAAAACAUUUCAUGAAAGAGCCAUCGCGAUGGUUCAUGUUUGCGCAAAAGUCGCGGCUUGUACAACAGCUGGACUGGGCCGUACGUCUACCACCUGUAUCUUACAGUCGAGGAGCGCGUCGCUGCCGCUCUGUGUGAUGGCAGUAAACACCGGAAAGUUGCCAUUGAAUGGAAUAAACGCCAACAUAGCCUAAAAAUAGUUCCUUAUUGUUGUAAAGCAUCGACCUUUGAUGUCCAUCCCCAAAACGCAAACUAGAUGCACUAAGUAGAUGGCGCACGGGGACAUGUAAAAGUCGGCACAUUAGAGUGUCCUGAGGGUAGACAAGCCCCUUAGUGCCUAAUGUAGACUUUUCAGUCCAGAUAUAAGGACGGUUCAUUCUGCGUCAGCUAAAACUUGGCGAUUGCCUUCUCUGAAGAAGACUGCAGCCUUGUUUUCUGUAACAUCCCUCUCCCACUCCUUCACGCUGCAUUGCUAGGGCUUAUAUGGGUGUCAGGCGCUGGUGGGCUUACAUGGGUGUCGGGCGCUGGUGGGCUUACAUGGGUGUCGGGCGCUGGUGGGCUUACAUGGGUGUCAGGCGCUGGUGGGCUUAUAUGGGUGUCAGGCGCUGGUGUCAGGGCCACUUGUGAGGGGAACUGCAGCAGAGAUUGUGACCAGACGUCUGGUUCGCUGAAGUGAUGCCUCUGAUAUAGCUCUGGACGUGCAAUAAAACCUUUAAAAAAAAUGUCCAGUUUGAUGCACGAGAAAUGCAGAGGGGUCAGAAUAGUUUUUAAAAACCGUUUAAAUAUGAAUCUUUGUUUUUUUAAAAGCAUAUUUUAGCUAAAUGUUUUUCUCCGUCAUCUUCUAGCUAAAUGCAUUGUCAGUCUUUACUCAAUGUCCCCCUUUUUAUGCUGCACUCUAUGUAAAAUAUAAUUGUCGCUAGUUCUGGUGUCUGAAAUAAACACAAACAAAACUA